ACAAUUAAAGUACAACAAGUCAGUGGCAGUUGCAGCCACCAACCAAGCUUUCGCAAAACCUUCGUACAACCGGCAGCUUUGGACAGAAAGCAGGGAAGCACGGGGCAGGCAGGAAUGGGGCUGAAGUUGAACAGGUGAGCAGCAGUUGGAGUUGAGGCUGAAGCGACGCGCUGAGGACUUUAGGGGAGGCGUUGGAUUUAACAGAGUUUGGGCUCCGCAGACCGAAAAGAAAACCAGCAGAAGAGGUCCGAGUCGGGAAUCUCCAAAUUCACUCAUCGACUCUCCCUGAAAGAGCGACCAGCCAAACCAGAGAAGACGUCUUCAGACCGACCGUCGUCCUACAGAAGACGAUCUCUGAGUGUGGACUGGGCCGACUCUGCCAAGAUGACGCAGCCCAUGCGAGGGGACCAGGUCCACCAGCCGGCAGCGGCUCGCAAGUCCGCCAGCCUGUCCUCGCCAAGCGCAGCUCGCCGGCUCUACCGCAACUUGUCUGGAAAGUUUCGCGUGGGCACCAACCCCCCCGCGCUGGAGGACAGCGUGGUGUCAGCGCGGGGAGGAGACAAGGAGAGGCUGCGCAAAACCACCGUCUUCCAGAGCAACGAAGCUCUGUUUGAGGCGGUGGAGCACCAGGAGCUGGACCUGGUCCAGCUGCUUCUGGCCCAGUACAGCCUGGAGGAGCUGGACCUCAACACGCCAAACAGCGAAGGCCUCCUUCCUCUCGACAUCGCCAUCAUGACCAACAACGUGCCGAUGGCGAAGCUUCUGCUGCGGGCCGGAGCCAAGGAGAGCCCUCACUUUGUCAGCCUGGAAGGCCGGGCGGUGCACCUGGCCACCCUGGUGCAGGAGGCCGAGCAGCGGGUGUCGGAGCUGCAGGCCCAGGUCCGCAGUGAGGGGCCCAGCGAAAGGGAGGGGUCGGACCAGGAGAGGCAGCUGAAGGCCUGGGAGUGGAGGCUGCAGCUCUUCAGACGCAUGCAGACGGGCUUUGAGCAUGCUAACCCUCCAGAUGCUCCCAGCGUCGUCCGUCUGUCUGUUAGCAGCAACACCAGUUUACAGGUCGACUUUCAUGAACCUGCCUGUGUCAACUCUGCUGUGGUCACCAAGUACAAAGUGUGCUGGAGCGCGGCGCCUUCAUUCAGCCCCAUGCUGGGUGAAAUGAUGGUGAACGAUGCAGCGGAACCACAGUGCAACAUCACUGGACUGACUUCUGGAACCCAUUACUACGUUCAGGUGUCGGCCUACAACAUGAAGGGCUGGAGCCCGCCGAAGGUUUCCACCCCGGCCUGCGCUGCACCGUCCAGCUGGAGGGACGUCGACGGCCACCCUCCACGCCAGAGAGGCCAGAAGGAGGCGCUGGACCAGCUGCUGGGUCAGAUUAAAGAAGCUCAUCGCCACUGCAGCUGCCAUGAGCAUUGCAAAGCUCCAACACAAGGCAGGAAGCACUCUGUAUCCAAAAGCCUCCGGCAUCUCUUCCAACCCACCAGCAAAUUCGUAAAAAGCCUGAAAAGAGGUCUGUACCUGACCUCCAUAUUCUACAGAGACGACAAUGUGCUGGUGACUCCAGAGGACCAGAUUCCUGUGGUGGAGAUAGAAGAUUCAUACUCCAGCAGCCUCAUGCAGGACUUCCUUUGGUUUACCAAGGUGUCGUACUUAUGGGAGGAGAUAUCCUGGCUCCAGCAGUGUCUCAGUCCCUCUCAGUCCUCCUGUUCAUGCACCCUGCAGACCCGUCUGAAGAUGCUGCAGGCCGUCUCCCAGCUGCAGGGAAUGUUGGGAACGCAGGACCUUGGCCAGGUGUAUUUUGAGCCCAUCAAAGACAAACAUGGCAACGCGCUGCUGGUCCUGCUGAAGGACAUGAACGCCUGCCCCAACCUGGACGGGGUGCGCUGGACGCAGCUUUGUAAGCUCCAGCUGCAGCGCAAGUCCAUCUCCUCCCCCGAGGAGCCCACCGCUUUGGACACGCUCCUCAUCACGCUCCACGAGAAGCUGGCCUAUCACAGGCGCAGCAGGAAGCUCCUGUCUCCAGGUUUGUACCUGGGCUACCUGAAGCUCUGCACGUCGGUGGAGCAGAUCAGGGUGCUGGUGCCGCAGAAACUGCCCAACGUUCUCUGUCACACCAAGAUACGGGACAACAGCAACGUGUCCAGAGAGGAGUGGCAGUGGCUGCAGGCUCUCAGCUCUCUGGAUGAAGCUCUGGAAAUGGACCAGGACGUUCAGAGCGCGCCGCAUCGCUUCUUACACGACCUGCGCGGCGCCGUCAAGGACCUGAUGGCGCACAUCAACAUCCCUGGAAACCAGGCUCAGGAUUUCCGGAUCUACAGUCAGGAAGUGCUGGAGUUUGGAGAAAAGGUGUCGUUCCUGCUGCUGCUGCCGCCGUCAGAUGAAGUGUGCACGGCUCCGGGUCAGAACCAGCCGUACUCCCCUCGCUCCGGACUCCUCACGCUGCCGCUGCAGAUCUUCGAACUCGUCCACUUUAACGCGUACUGCCCCGGUUUCAUCGGCCAGUACUGCAGAGUGUCGGCGCUGCUGGAGCUGGAGUCGCUCAUGUCGCAGCAGGCUCUGCGGGAAGCGUUCUCCGAGGCCGAGCUGCUGGCCGCCAAGAAGAAGCACCAGCAGGUCCAGGAGCAGAUGCAGCAGAUGGAGGAGAUGUGGCGGGACGCCCGCUGGAUCAUGGACGCCCUGCAGUACGCCCGCUACAAGCAGCCCACAGGAGGAAUCUCCAUCAGCUGGAUCAUAGACUUCUCCAAGGAGGUUCUGCCGGACAAACCGGCCUCCACCUCGUCCCAGCCGGACUUCAUGCCGUCCCCCAUGCCCUCACCAGAACCCUGCCGCAAACACUCAGAUUAUCCCGGUCUGUCAGAUGAAGAGGGUUCCUCUGAAGUCUUCCUCACCACCGACAGCGACUACGACUCCAGCCGGGCGCAGAGCCCGCGUGAGCUGGACCUGCUGCCCCCGUCCCCCCUGUCCUCCUCGGCGCCCCUGGAGCCGCGCGGCUUCCUGCGCAGCGACGGCGGCGGCUCGGGGGGGCUGAGCUGCCCCGGCGGCGGGCGCAGCCCCCUGAGGGACUCCACGCCGGACGUCCUCCAGGCCUCAGAGCCUCAGCUGGGGCGGGACGGCGGCGGCGGGCGGGAGAAGCGGAGGGGCCCGCCGGAGCUGUUCGACAGCGACUUCAUCCUCCCCAGCAGGCAAAUCGAACUGCUGCACAUCACAGAGAAGCGGCAGGCCUUCUGCGUGAGGACCAGCAGCCUGGAGUUCCCGUCCAGCACGUCGGCCCAGCCGCAGCCCCACCGCUCCUCCCCCUGCGCCUCGCCGCAGAGCCGCUGGCACCGGCCGUCGUCGGUGGACCGCUGCUGCUCCGCCGAGCGCUGCGCGCCUCAGCGUCCGCCGGCUCGGACGUUAUCGGAGGACAGCGGCACGCAGAGACUCAACUCGCCGUCGCCGGCCGUGUUCAGGAAGGGCUGCCACGCCACGCUCAGAGUCUACCCUCAGUACCGAACCGGGCUGCCCAACGAGACCAGCGUCAAGCUUUGUGUAACUUCGGCCACGACGGCCCGGGAAAUGGUCCAGCUGGUGGUGCAGGAGAUGAACGCGGUGUCUCGGCGCCUGCUGGGCGGCGGCGAGGAGCAGCAGCAGUGUGUGUGCUACGGCCCGGAGCAGGUGAAGCACUUCGGCCUGGUGCUGGUGGUGGACAACAGGGAGAAGUGGCUGCAGGACGACUUCUGCCCCCUGGAGCUGCAGAACCCCUGGCUGCGGGGCAAACUGUGCGUUCGCAUCAAGGACUACUCUCCUCUGGCGCUCAAACACAGCCGGGCCACCAUGGUGUGACGCGCCUUCGGGUUUUUAAACCUGUUUAAAUCCGUGAAUUCGGCCGUUUUGUUGCUUCGACUGCAAACUGUAACAUUCUGAGUGUUUUUAUUUUUUCUGAGAAUCUGUUUCUAUGAAAUGUGUUCUCCCAAACA